AUGGGUGCUUGGGGUCACGAGAUUUUUGAUAGCGAUUCUAGUUGUGAUUACAUUAGCAGAUUUUUGGAAGCAAAGAGCCCCGAACAAUUCUAUUCAUUCAUAACUGAGGAUCUCGAGGAAUUGUUUUCACUGAGCUAUAUUGAAGGAAAUGGUAUUAGUGUGAUUGGAUAUUUGGUUGGAAGAUUGAGUGGUGAUGAGCUUGUAUUUGCUAAUGUUAAGGAUUAUUGGAAGGAAAAGAUUGACCCAGUCAUUGGAGAUCAUAAACCGAUGUAUCAAGAAUGGGUAACUAAAACUAAAAUUGAAGGUCACUCAAUUGAUGAAACUAUUCUUCUAGUUUUUAGUAAAUUAUUACUGAAUGGAGACGUAAGUGAAGAGUAUGAAUUAUGGGCAGAAACCGAGUAUUUCCAAGCUUGGUUUAACUACUACAGUAGGUUUGUCACUUAUUAUGAGAGUAAAAGUAAAUGA